AUGGCGCCAAGUAGAGGGCCUUUGGAGGAAGCGAUGAAAGCGAAACUGCGGCAAAUGCAGGCAGCUCGUGAUUUGGAUCUAAGCCAGCUGCAGGACCAACUUGCGGCCAACGUUGCCAAAGUGCAGCAGCAUGAAGAAGAUUUGGUCGCCACUCAGGCGCGGCUGCAGUCCUCGAUCCUGGAGGUCGCCGAGCUACGGACCUCGGCCUUCGUGAGUGAAGAGGGCCUUGCUGAGCUCCGGGCGACGAGUGAACAGCAGAGCUCGACACUCCGCACUCGCCUCGAACAGGCCUAUGCGGCCAAAGCCCAGCUGGAGACGGAGCUGGUCGAAGUCCAGCGAAGUGCGGAGACGGAGGCCAAGGCUUCACGCGUGCGCUUGGAAGAGCAAAAGACUUGCAGGGCAGAGUUGGCGCAGGCUCAGUCUGCUGCCAAUGCACUUCACAGCAGAUGCAGUGACUUUCAAGAAGAAGCGUUGGGGAGCUAA